AUGUCACGACCGUCUAGGCGUCUUGGAACGGGUGAAAUGAACAAGUUCGCUAUUGAUUUGGCUGUUGGAGGCGUUUCAGCAGCUGUUUCAAAAACGGCCGUUGCUCCUCUUGAACGAAUAAAACUGUUAUUACAGGUUCGUUUGUUUCCUUUACCUUGUGGUUUUCUUGGACCUUUACGUUGUUAA